CCUGCAUAGUGCCGUCGUCGACCACGUUUUACAGCGCUUGAGUGUCAGACAACCACUUCCUGCUUCCUCGCGGCAACACUGGCCUCCUUCCCCAGCUCCUUCCCCCCAUUGGUCGCAGCUCCAAGAACCACUCAAACCAACCUCUAAUCCAUAGUAACCUCUUCGUCACUUCGCCGCCACCCCGAUCAGUUCAUCGAGUUCACUCCAAACCUCCAAACAAUAACAGGUCUAAUAACAAUAUACCCCGACCAUGAGACCGCUGCGUCUAUUAGUAUCCUCCCUCCUUGGACCUUUGCUACUGCUCAUCCCCCCGUGUUUGGGAGCCGAUGACGAGCUGGGGGGCGAGAAAGCGGUGCUCGACAACCACUUGUUUUCGUACAACAUUUCGCAUCGUCAGAGUGUCUGCCACCGUUAUCUCGAAUGGCGCGACGGCAAGAGGGAAUUGAAGGACGCCUUGUCGGGGUUGGAAUUGCGUCCUCUGAUGGCCAUGGGAGACUUUUUCAGCUAUUCGGAGGAAACGGGUAUUAACCGGGAAGAGCCGGGCCUCAUGGCCGAAUUGAUGGAUGCUUUGGGGGAGAGUGCCAACUUUACGUGGAGGUCUUCUUUUGGGGUGAUGGAACAACCAGAAGACUUGAACAAGACGUGGACGGAGUUGUUACUGUGGGGGAUUGAGACCUACGAUAUUGCCGUGAAUUGGUGGGAUCAGUCCGUCGAGAGAAUGGAAGCUGGAGCGGCUUAUGUAGAGCCGUGGUUCGACGGUUCGGUCAUUCUCGUGGACGAAGAGGAUCCACCCGUGGCCGAUGACAGCAUUGAUCUACUCAACUGGCUCAAACCCUACGAGACAUCCGUUUGGUGUAUGAUAUUGCUCACCAUCGUUCUGUCCGCAUUGGCGUAUCAGCUCAUUGAACAUCUCACGGACGAGCGAGAUGACCGGCCCUUUUGGCAGUGGUUCUCAGAUAAUGUGUACCUGAGUUCCCUCAACUUUACACAAAACUUUGAGUAUGCUCCGAGCCAUGUGGCAGGACGUAUUUGUGGGGUUUCCAUGGGGGUUUGGGCAUUGGUCAUCACAGCAACCUACACGGCCAAUCUGGCCUCUCUCUUUGUCGAGGAUCAAAGGCCAGCACUCGUCGUGGACUCGAUUGAUCAGGCCAUUGCUCUCGGCAUUCCCAUUUGUACCUUCAAGGGCACCAACGCCGAUUUCAUCAUCAAGAGGCGAUACGAAAAUGCGAUUCGAGUACCCAUGAAUACAGAACUGCAGGGAUACCAAGCUUUGAAGAGGGGGGAGUGCGGGUUGGUGGCGGGAUACAGGGACAAUUGGCUGGGAUUCGAGCACAACACCAAGUACAAUCCGGACUGUGAUCUCAACUGGGUUGGUCGGACCGUCGAGAUUAUCAAGUCUGGGUUUGCCGUCAAAGCAGAUGCGGGCUACAAGUGUAGUUCCCUCAUCCGAGAAGUUUUAAACAUUCACAUGACACGACUCAUCAGCGAGGGAAAAUUGGAGGAAGUUUGGGAAAAACACCGUUCCAAGACGCGGGAUCAAAAUUGCGACGUGGAGAGUUCCGACACAGGGCGUCGUCAACUUGCCGCAAAGUCGGGUCUUCGGAAGAAAAGGGAACAAUCUGCACGCAAAUUGAAAGGGGGUCCCAGUGCGGCAGCCGCGUCGGGAGGAGGGGGCAGUUCCGGUCCCAGUCGUCUAACACUCAAACAAAUGCUGGGGACCUUCUUUCUUCACUGGUUCUCAACGUUUAUUGCCAUCCUGGUUGCCUUGGGAAGCAAAUACUACCGCAAAGUGUUCGGGCUGAGUAUGGAUGUUGUUACAAGUGUUGAGAAAGUGAUGUAUCGAAAACACGGCCCAACUGUUGGAAGUUCUCCGCCGUUGAAUACGUACAGAAGCGCAAGAGCCAUGAGUUCGAGCGCACGAGAAAACUCGUUGGAUAUAGGCAACUUGAGGUACUCCGAUAGAAGCAACAGUGACAGAAGCAACAGUGACAGAAGCAACAGCAGCCACUCUGAGAGUAGGGGAAGGUUCUUAUCGUUGCGCAGAUCUACUAGCGUCAUUGAACAGCAUCCCAUCACGGCAAUCGCAGAAGAAGGCGACAGAAACGAUGAACAAGCGGAAGAAGUGGCCGCAUUACGAGGGGAACUGCAGAAAACGAAAAAAGAGCUUGACGACAAGAUGGACAUGGUGCUGUUGCUUUUACGCAAGAUGCAGCCAACGCCAGCGGAACGCGAUUCUGAUUCCCCCAAUCUACCUGAUUUAGCUGCGUAGUGAAUCUCCCUUUGAACUUUGGCAACGGCUGAUACGAUCAUCGUGGACCCAAACAACAAUCUCCUGCUUUACGGUGCAUGAUCGUGGAUCUUCAACGAUUCAAAUUUGUUGCCUUCCUUCAUCUUGUCGAACACGAUGAUGGAAAGAGAAUCCUCAAUCAACCCUCGAAAGACAGCAGCUGGCACCUGGGACAUUGUUCCCCAUCCCAAAGCUGGAUGAGAGUUGACUUCGCAGACGAUUACCUGUCCCUCGCUCGACACGAGUAGAUCCGCACCCAGCAAAGCAAAGCAGGUUGUUGCCUUUGCCACUGGCUGUUGGAACGGGCUAUCUUUUAGGCAGCAACCUGCUGAUACGAGCUUUUCGGUGCACCUGCGGAUGUUUGGCCACAAACCUGCAGCUGGAUGAUUGGGCGAACUGAUGUCUUGGAGCAAGAAAGGCGGAGGAUGCUUUUUGCCAGCCUGACUUAUGUAGGCAGACUUUGGGGUGUUGGCAUGGCUACAAUCUUCUUUGGCAUACGGCGAUGCAUGGGGCAGGCAGAUGAUAUCCUUGUGGAGAAACGCGCGUACAGGUUUAUCGCUGGAUUGUAGCAUCAAAAUGUGAGCUCGCAAGACGAACUUGCGUCCUUGCUCAUCCAAUGCAGGAGGCACUUCUUGUUGGAUGACGAAGUCCUGUGGAUUUUUGGAUCUUUGCCACCAUUCUUCCAAUUGAAUCCUAUUGUACACAUAGACACUUUUCCCUUGAGCUCCAAACCUAUGUUUGACAAAGUAUAGCUUUCCUUUCUGACUAC